GGAUGACAGUGGCGUCCGUCAAUUUUAAUUCUUAUGUUAUUUUAUUAUUCUAUUACUUAAUUUUCUAAAUUUACUGUAAUGUAAUUUUGUUGUUUUUCUGAAAUUCUCCUGUAGUUUAGAAGAAAGUACCGAUAAACUCCAAACUAAUACCAAAAUUAUUCAAGCUAAUUUAAAUUAUUACAAGUCGGAUGGCCUGUGAGCACCACCCGUUUAAUGCCCGGGUUGAUUCUGAGUACAUUUGUGAACCAGACAGCUGGAGGCGACAUUGCGGAUGCAUUAAAACCAGUGAUAAGCUGAAGAAAAUACUGAAAUGUUUCCCUUCACCACCGCCACCCACCCCGGUCAACUCGACAUACACCACUGCUUUCGACAAUACAUGUAUCUCUGGUUAUUGUACCCAUCAGUCCAUACCAGCUCAGACAUACGGAACGGACACACUUGUACCUAAGAAAAGUAAAGACUUCAAAGAAUUGCCAGAAAAAGCAUCGCAGGAAGUAAGCAGCAGGUCGUGGCGGAUAAUAGCGGAGUUGGUACAAUUACUGCAGUUGUCUGUGAGUGCAACAGCACUUGCAUUGUACUACCUCAUCUACUGUUACAUGCAGCUGGUCUACUACACAUUACGAAGUGCUCUGUAUUUCCACCAUGCUGAUGGGCCCAUGAAAAUAACAAUAGGCGUGGUGGCAGUCACGUCAUUGGUGGUAAGUCGACUCGGAGACGAAUUGAGCGGAACGGCUGCGUCGAAGCUUGCACCUGGACAUUGUUUCCCCAAAUAGUUCAGUGAGCGAUUAAGGUCCCCCCACUUGUGCUUUUGUGUGAGUUCACUGCUGCGGGAAGUAUUUCGCGGAUGAAGUGGCACGUCGGAGGCUGACGUCGGCCAACACUUGAUUGUCGGCCGUCGCACGACGCGCGCACACAACGACGCGGUUCCGUCGCGGUUCUAGCAUGCGCGAUUUUCGUGUUCCAAAUUCAAAAUUGUUGUUUUAGUGUAGCCAAGUGUAAAUGACAGUUCAAUACAGUGUAAGCGAGUAAGUGCGUAUGA